AAAAAACCCGUUUUAUAAUAUAAUCCGAACAAAAACAAUGAAAUACGGACAAAAAACAGCAUCGUGCGCCUGCAAUAGAAAUCCUAUUCCUCCCUCUAAUCUCUUAAAGCGGGAGAAGCAACCCUAAUCCUUUUCCAAAUGGUAUUUUCCAAUUAAUGAUUCAGAUUUCUUUGGAAUAGAGAAACAAGAGCUGAUUGUUGAAGCAGAAGAAAAGGAAGAAGGGAUGCGGGGUAUGUGGAAAACCAUACGAGAAAAGCUAGGGUUGAUCACAAAGAGUCCGACCCCAGGCUGCUGCGGAGCUCUCUGGGGAUCAAAGCGUUUCUCCCCUCCAAUCGAUCCCAUAACCCUCGGAAACGCCGACGAUGUGAUCGAAGAGAUCGCGACAACCGAAACGGCGGGGGAGAUGAAUCUGGCGGCGGCGCUUGCGGAGGAGCGGCGUAUCCGGGAGGCGGAGUCGUUGUUUUUGGGGCCGGCGGAGAAUAUGGAGAGCACAUCGCUGAUGAAUUGGUUGGAGGAGGAGGAGGAGAAGGAGGUGGAGGAGGAGAGGGAGGCGGUGGGAUUGGGGGAGAGCUGUUGUGUUUGUAUGGAGAAGAAGAAGGGGGCGGCCUUCAUACCUUGUGGGCACGCUUUCUGUAGGGGUUGCGCUCGAGAUAUAUGGAUCGAACGCCGGUCCUGCGCGCUUUGCAAUCGCCCGAUUCUCGAGAUCCUCCAUAUCUUCUAGUACAGUACUGCCCUCUUCCUCCUGCCGUGGAGUUUCUCUCUCUCUCUUUAUCUAAGUCUCUCUCUUUCUCUAUUGAGAUA